GGACUUUCUAACUCCUCAAAAGCAUUAUCACAGAAUAUUGCCCACCAUGAGUGUUCAACCAAAGGUUGUCACUCAGCCACAGGUGGUGGCGGCCCAGCCCAAGACAAACAACUGGCAAACGGACUUAUGUGACUGCUUUAGCGACUGUGGAGUCUGUCUCUGUGGAUGUUUCUGUUUCCCUUGUUUGUCAUGCCAAGUUGCUACAGCUAUGAAUGAAUGUUGUUGCUGUGGCGGAACUGUCACCAUGCGAGCGGUUUACAGGACAAAAUACAAUCUCCCUGGAUCCAUCUGUGGGGAUACCUGUGUUGUGGCCUGUUUCCCUGCUUGUUCUCUCUGCCAAGUCCAGAGAGAUAUCAAAAAAAGGAAAGAAAUGGGAAUAUUCUAG